UCAACACUGAUCACACACACACACACACACAUAUACACACACACAUUUUGUCUGCUCCACUUGCUGACACCACCCGACGACAUCUUUUUCUGUAAAAUGAAUAAGCGUUUUAUUCAAGUGUGUGGCUUCCUGAUAUCGACGCUGGGUUGGCUGUUUGUGCUCUGCACCAUGGCUAUGGACUUCUGGAGGAUCACUCAAAUAGGAGGCCAGGGGGGGUCUUACAUCAUCAAGGUGGCCUGGUUCUGGUCCAAUCUAUGGAAGGACUGCUUCACGGACUCCACGGCGGUGACCAACUGUAGAGAUUUCCCUGUGUUGUGGAGCGUCAGCACGUAUGUUCAGGGUGUGCGAGGCUUGCUGAUGUGCGGCCUGACGUUGGGCUUCUUCGCCGCCGUGCUGUGCUUCCUGGGCAUGGAGUGCACCUACAUUGGCGGGGAGCAGGAGAACAAGGACAAGAUGCUGUUGGCAGGAGCCGUCUUUCAUUUCGUAGGCGGUGAGCGCAACUCGAAGAAAGUCUGCUUUUCUUCCUGCUCCUGUUUUGCCCUCACGUUUGCUCUACCGUCCAUGCGCACAGGCAUGUCAGACAUUGCGGCCUACUGCUUAUACAUCAACAGGAUCGCCAGGACGUCCUUUGCUCCUAGCUUGGCACCUGGAGUCCUGCGAUACGAUCUAGGACCUCCAAUAUUUCUGGGACUAGUCGGAAGUUUUUUCAUUCUUCUCGGAGCGGUCUUUUACGCCGUCACAGUCUACAGAGUCCUCAUACCCAAAAGGAGGGUGAUCUACGCCUACGGAGGAGGCACCUACAUGGAUCCUCGUUCACAAGGAAGAAGCUUUUACACGGGCUACUACAGACCCUCCUACAGACCCUCCUACAGACCCUCCUACAGACCCUCCAGACUCUAUGGAACGUACUAUACCACAGGAAGAUCCAGCAGCUCUAAAAUAUCCAAAAUAUCUGCAACAACACCUGAGAAGAUGUCUAAAAGGGAUGUAUUUGUUUAGUUCCCAUUUCUGUAUUUGGAAUAAGGUGAAAAAAAAUCAAAU